AGGCGUGGACUGCGUGCGUGCGCUUUCGAAACAGUCGGCAACUUAUCCUGUUGUGCACCGUCGGUGCUGUCGUAUCGCUACGUAUCGUCGUGUUACACCUCGGCACAUCGACAGUGCGCCGAUCGCAUCGGGCCGCUCCUAGUGCUGCUGCUCGCCGAAGUGUUCUGACGUGAUGGGCAUGAACUGCGUUAAGGCUACAGCAAAUUAUUUCUUCGAAUAUGACACUCUGAAAGUCGUCCACAUCGGGAACAAAAAGAUUGGCGUGCUCAACAGGCUCAUUCAGCUCUUCAUCUUGGGAUACAUAAUCGGGUAUGUCAUCGUCUAUCAAAAGGGAUACCAGCAGUUCAGCACCUUCACUGCAGCUACAACAACAAAAGUCAAGGGCGUUCUGUCCACAGAAAAUGUCUCUGACGAUGCAUUUUACCCAUUCCUCGAAAACAAGUCUGUCUACAAGCGCAUCUGGGAUAUUGCAGACAUAGUUGUCCCUCCACAGGAGACCAACCAAUUUUUCGUGACAACAAAUUUGAUUAUAACACCGAGCCAGGAAAUGAAGACGUGUCCAGAGGAUCCAGCCAUUAAAGAUGCCCAUUGCAAGAAUGAGAAUGAUACUACGUCCUGUACACCAGGGAAGCCCCUCUUGAUUGGAAAUGGUGUUAUGACAGGGCGUUGUGUAAAGGCAGCGAAGCCAAAUGAUACGCUGCACGUGUGCGAGAUUUCAGGCUGGUGCCCCGUGGAGCAAGACUUUGGGCCAUUGCAGAAUGGCUCAGCAUUGUUGUCCGGCGUUCGAAACUUCACAGUGCUCAUCAAGAACUACAUCGAGUUUUCACUUUUCCAUGUUAGAAGGAGCAACGUCCGUGACAUUGAAAAUUCGACAUAUCUCAAAUACUGUCGAUAUCAUCCUGAAAAGGAUCCGCACUGCCCCGUAUUCCGGAUUGAAGACAUGGUAGAUGCUGCUGGUGAAGAUUUCGAUGAUGUUGCUACCAAGGGUGGCGUAAUACAGGUGCUUAUAUCAUGGGACUGCAACUUGGACUUUGACAUAAAGUACUGCAUUCCCAGUUAUUCCUUUCUGCGCCUGGACGAUCCCAAGGCUGCAUUAGCUAAGGGUUGGAAUUUUAGGUACCCCAAGUACUACAACGAGAAGGAACGCAGCCUGGUAAAAGCGUAUGGCAUCACUUUCGUAAUCCUAGUUCAAGGCAGGGCGGGAAAGGCCAGUCCCAUUCCUAUCGCCAUCAACAUAGGAUCUGGCCUUGGUUUGAUGGUUGUGGCCACUGUGCUGUGUGACCUUGUUGUACUUAACUGCCUGAAGCGUCGAGAUUUGUACAAGUCUAAGAAGUACAAGUUUGUUACGAGCGAGGAGAACUAUAACGGAUACACAAACCAGUCAUUCUCUUAGCUUAUUCAAAUAUUCGUGCCCAAAGAAUGCUGGGGCAAAUUAGAAGAGAUUUUUGUGCUUGUGUAAUGAUGAAAUAAGGAGCCUUUGUUAUGUAACAUUUUGGCAGUGGGACGAUUGUUAAUCUUUCACAUCUUGUGUGUUCACUGUGAAUGGAUGUUACAUUAUUCUUGCAUUUUAACGUAUGCAAGACUUCAUUUAUAUGCUUCAGAAGUGCUCUCUAUGCAUUGUAUUUUUACCUGACAUCUGUGGUAAUAAUGUUUAUAUGCUAGCUUUAUUUAAAAGCAAGUUAGGUAUUUUCCUGUAUGGGAUUUUAUUAACGUAAGCCUUUCUUUGUGCCGUAAUAAAAAAGUAUACAAUUGUUUCCUCCAUUUCUUUAAAGUACAAUAAUGAGGAAUAUUAAAUACCGCAAACUGAGCUGUAAUAGCAGAAUGGCCACUAUUACCAUGAGAGGUGGCAUUAUGAGGCAAAAAAGCACAAAUAUGAAAAAGUAGUAGCAUACACCGUAUUGUGGUUCCCACUUUAGGUUGUUGUGGUGUCAUGAAUGUCGAUGGUAUUGAGCUGGAUUUGGUUGCAUUCUAAGGGAAACAAAGCAUUCAACCUAACUUGUAAAAUUUUCUGCACAAUAAACAAUCCAAAAUGCGAUACCUUACUUUGACACCUGUGGCUGAUAUAUUGACACUGCAGUUCUUGCACAAAAUUCAAUUGGAUGAAGUUCAGCCUUCAUUUUUUUUAGCGAUAACCAAUCUCCCCAUAGAUAAAACAGUUAAAAUAGAGUUUUGUAAGAUUGACUUACAACCUAAUUUGUAAAAUUUUCUACACAAAAAACAAUUCAAAAUACGAUAACAUACUUUGACACCUGUGCUUUUUAGUGUUCCUUGAAAGAAUGCUUCUAUAGUGAGGACAUUAAAAAAGCUAGCUUGAAGAUUGGCACUGGACUGCUAUGCUGUAGUGCCGUCAUUUGAAUGUAUUUGUUUUUAUAACUUAAGCGGUGAAAAUUCAUAGCAGGUGUUAAGGCCUCCACAAGAUUUUAUUGCACCACACUAAUCAUUGGUGUGGCUAAACCCAAAUUGACUUUAUUAUAUUGGUAACUGUCUUUUUUACAUAAGAGCAACAUUCAAGCCAAGGUGGCUGAAUGAAUUAUCUACCACAAUUAAUCUCUUAGGAUGGCUGUAUGACAUUGACAUAUUUUUAGAGCUAUAACUUAAUUUAGGCUCAUUUUCUGACAAAACACUUGUUUAUUCCUUCAUGAAGGAUUCAUGAUUUUCACGUGACUCAUGACAUUUUGUUACUGAUCAGCACCAAAUGAGAUUCUUUCCAGAGACUUCUUUUUUAGCUUUUCGUCAUUUGUAUUAGUUUUUUUGCUGUGGCACAUAUUCAGAUGAUCAAAGAACAAAAUAAUGAGUGAUUAGAAUGUGUAACAUGACAAAAAGUAGGAAAAAACCUUAGAGAUCAGAUUCACCAGAUGAUUUGCAUUUUGCAGCUGCAUGUAUUAAUGCAUUUCUGUCUUUAUGUCCAUAUCUAGACAAAGUUGUUACACUGCCUGUCUUCUCCAGCACAGUUGCACACAUUUGAAAUAAGUCUACGUGUCCUUCAUUGGGAUGUCCUCUGUUGAGUUUUUUCUUGAGAUUUUUAAUAUUAUACAUAAUGCUCAGCAACCAACGCUAACUUGUUUAAUGAGAACAUAUUCUUCCUUCUUUUUUUUUCCUGUGGUUGUGUUUUUGUCCUUAUGUCCAAUGUUGUUGCUAGCAAAAGACAGUGGCAUGCUUGGGAACCGAAAGCUUUUAUCUGAGGUCAUGACACAACUUCGUGGAGCGUGCUAACGGGCACUCAACCGCAUGCAACAACAUGGAUCUCAACUGUGAUGACAAACCAGUGACAAGAGCUGAGAGAUUUACCAGCUGUCCAUGUGACAGUCUAGGUUUUGUCAUUUUCCUACCAAACGUGUUGUGUUACGUAUAUGCAUGCAGCACCAGCUGUGUUUACGAGAUUUUGCCGUGUCAAGAUCAUUUUGAAUUCUAGUCGAAAUGCACUGUAAUGCCUGGAAGCUUCUGAUUAUUUGAUGUACUGCUUAAGCUCGCUCUCAAAAAUAAAUCUUGUUUCAUUUGUAUCUAUUUCUUUGUCAGCCACCAAAGUACAGAGGCACAAGAAGAUGAGUGUACAUCUAAGGUCUAAAUUUAUUAAAUACAUUCAUUCUGUGUGAGUAUUAAGUGCGAGUAGGUUUACAAGUGUGCUGCACAGUACGAAAUCAUCUAUUGCAAUGGUAAUCAGUGAAAUUUGAGUAUUAUGACUACAGAAAUUAAAUAAUGAGUUUUCAGAAUGGAGGCCAAUGUAGGAAGCAUACUGUCCAGGUGUGAGUUGGUACUUUUAAUUUAGGUUCACUGAUAAUGUGCCUUACAAUCUCAAUGAUGUUAGCUAUAUGAUGUCGUGACUGGAAAGUUGCAAGCGUACACAUUGUUUGUCUCUAAGAUGUCCUGUUUAUACUUGUUCUUUACACUUUUUAUACUCAAUAAACCGAGUUGCAAUGCUU